AUGAUUUUUAUACUGUUCUCCCUUAUCAUUUUAGGACCUUCUGUCAUGUCUUACCCAUUCGUCUCAAAUAUGCCCAAUGUAGACUCGACAAUAUUGAAGCGACAACAAUCGGGUGGAAGUAACCCAGGCGGUCCCGUAACAUGUCCAUUCAAUCCAAACCACGUUCCGGCACCUGGAAUAUCAGCACAAUUCCCAUACAACGGAGCAAAGGAUGGUCUUCCAGGAAAUGGAAGGGGUGGUUACCUGGUUCCUGCACCUGGAGACACAGCACACCAAUACACUCCUCCAGGUCCCAAUGAUAUACGAGGUCCUUGCCCUGGAUUGAAUGCAGCUGCAAAUCACAAUUUCUUGGCCCAUGAUGGCAUCACGACAUUCAAAGAGCUUGUUGAUGCCCAGCAAAAUCUCUAUAACAUUGGUUACGAUCUUGCUGUUGUGCUUGCCGUGCUAGGCUUGACAUUGACAGAUGGCGAUAUCGUCACUGAGAAGCUAUCAAUUGGCUGUGAAGCUACUUCGAGGACAUCAUUCGCACCCAUUCUUACAGGACCCGAGCCUGGACUGGAUGGACACAACAAAUUCGAAUCCGACACUUCGCUCACUCGCAACGACUUCUUCCUUGGACACGGCGAUAACUUCAGUUUCAACGGUACCUUAUACAAGAUGAUGAAAGAGUCGACUGGCGGUGUUUAUAACCGCGACAAUCUUGCAAAAUAUCGCUAUGAGCGAUAUCAACAAUCUGUCAGGGACAACCCAAACUUCUACUUCGGUCCUCUUGCCCUCUUGCUCUUUGGAGCCGCUUCUUUCCUGUAUGGGUUGAUGCCUUCCGGAACUCGCAACUACGCUCCUGAUGAGUACACAAUCAGCACCUUCUUCGGCGCAGAGAAGCAAAGUGAUGGAUCCUACAAAGGAGUACCUGAACGAAUCCCUGACAAUUGGACGAAUCGUGUUCCGCCUUACUCCGUUGUGGAUGUCGCUGAAGAGACUCUGGCGUUGUAUCUGAAAUAUCCAGUGCUAUUUGGUGGCAGAAUUGAUGGGGGAGAGUUCCAAACGGUCAGUUACGGCUCGAUUCAGAAUGGUAUCUUGGGAGGUACGGGAUCGGGAACUGUUUGUCUCUUGUACCAGAUUGCUACGGGUCAGGUACCCUCGUCACUUAAUGGUGUGCUUGCGCCUGUGCUCGGGAUUGUUCAAUUUGCCACGCGGAAGUUGGGGUUGGCUAUGGAGAAUCUUGGCUGUCCUCAACCACUAACUUAA